AUGCACUUCAACAACGCCCUCCUCCUCGCCGGCGCCGCGGCCGUCGCCCACGCCAAGACGGUCUGCGUCACCGUCGGCGCUGACGGCGGCGUCACCUUCGGCCCCGGCAACAGCAACGCCAUCGCGGGGGACAUCGUCGAGUUCCGCUUCUUCAAGACGCACUCGAUCGUCCAGGCCGCCUUUGACAAGCCCUGCGAGCCGCUCCCCGGCGGCUUCGCCAGCGGCUUCGUCAAGGUCGAGGAGAAGGACUGUGGCCUGUCCACCUUUUCCGUCACCGUCAAGGAUGACAAGCCCAUCUGGUUCUACUCCGGCCAAGGCGACGCCUGCAAGAAAGGAAUGGUGGGCUCGAUCAACGCCCCGGCUACUGGCAACACGCUCCCCGCGUUCUGCGAGGGCGCAAAGGCGUCCAACAAAACCGUCAACCCGACCAAGGUACCUUGCGGCGGAAUCCUCGAUAUCAAGCAGGGCGUGACUAUUGGAACCACCCCCGUCGUCGGACAGCCCAUCACGUCCGGCCAGCCCAGCAUCCCUGGACGGCCGACCACCAGCGUCGUUCCCGGCCAGCCCCAGCCGACUACCAGCGGCGUCCCUGGAAGACCUACCACCAGCGGUGUCGCCGGUCAGCCGAGCAGCAGCGUCUCCGGUAGGCCCAGCAGUGUCGUUCCCGGCCAGCCUAGCAGCUCCGUGUCUGGAAGGCCGUCGACCAGCGUCGCCCCCGGCCAGCCCCAGCCGACCACCAGCGGCGUCCCUGUGAGACCUACCAGUGUUGCUCCCGGCCAGUCUAGCAGCCUCUCCGGCAGGCCCAGCAGCGUCGCCCCCGGCCAGCCCAGCAGCGUCUCCGGCCGCCCUAGCAGCGUCGUCUCCGGCGUCCCCGGCCGCCCCACGACCACCGGCGUUGCCGGACAGCCGACCAGCGUCCGCCCCAGCAGCGUCUCCGGACGACCCAGCAGCGUCUCCGGCCGCCCUUCCAGCGUCUCCGGCAGGCCCACCGGCACCUCCACCAGGCCGGGCGUUCCCGUCGUGACCAACGGCGCGGCUCAGCUCGGUGCCGGUGCGUUGGCCGCCGUGGCGGCUAUUGCCAUGCUUUAA